AAGAUAAACAAAAGACAAACCAGAGAGCACCAGAGACCCACAAAAAUGAAAGUUUGCGGCGGAUUGGUGUGCGGAGGCUCUCGCGCCACCGCUCUGCCCACUGUGCUUCUUCGGCACGGCAGAGCUCGGCCGCGCUGCUCUUAUUCCUUUGUCACGCAAGACCAUGUGUCUUUCAUCAAGGAGGUUGCCUCCACUCAGCCGCCGCAGCAUUUGAGCCAGUUGCUGAGAAUGCUCAAGACAAGAGGUGAAUCUAUUGUUUCUCCGGGAGCCAAGGAAGGGCUAAUCCCCCUUGCCAUACCACUUGCGAGAAACAGCUCAGGUGCUGUAACUGCACUGCUCCGGUGGCCUACAGCUCCGGCAGGUAUGGACAUGCCAGUCGUUGAGGUCAGGAAGCAUGGGGUGUGGCUUUUAGCCAAGAAUGUGGACCAAUUUAUUCACAGAAUCCUAGCUGAAGAAGAUGCUAAGAACUCUGAAGAAAGAAAUGAAGAGCUCUUUCAAGCUUCUGCUGAUGUUGGGGAGAAACUUUAUACGAAGGGUGACUUUGCAAAGUCGCAGAUUUCAAAACUAGAUUUCUACCUUUUAAGAAAAGUUGGUUUAUUUCCAGAUGUCUUGGAGCGCAAAGUGAAGUGGCAUUUUGAGGAAGGGGACUAUGUUUCAGCCUUGGUGACGGGAGAGUUCUAUACGAAGAAGGAACAUUUUCCUGGUUUUGCACGGCCUUACGUAUUCAAUGCUGAGGUUUUGCUGAAGGUCGGGCGUACUGUUGAAGCUAAAGACGCCGCUAGGGGAGCUCUAAAAUCACCAUGGUGGACACUGGGUUGCAGCUAUCAGGAAGUUGCUAAUAUAGCGCAAUGGGAGGACGAGCAAAUAGAGUACAUUAAGGAGAAGGUGACAGAGGAGGGAAGGCAGGCGGAUCUUAAAAAGGGAAAGGCCCCUGCGCAGGUUGCAUUGGAUGAAGCAGCAUUUUUGCUGGAUCUAGCUUCCAUUGACGGGACUUGGGAUGACUAUGUCUGGCAGGUUGCUGAUCGAUAUAAAGAGGCGGGCCUCCAGGAUAUUGCAGGAUUCGUAUUAUACAGAGAUUGAUGAUGGAGAUAAAGAGAUUUAUGUUAAAACUGAAUAUACAGUGUCAUGAAAUUGGCUCCAUGACCGGAGACGAUUUUUGUGCUGAGUAAUUAGUAUGUGCACCGUCUUUCUGAAUUUGUCUCUCUUUAUAUUUUUUACUCAUUAUAUGUUACAUCACAUUUCUCUUAAUUUUCUAAAUUCUGUUUGUUUUUCUCUCUAU